GGCCGAACUGCAUGCUGCCCCUAGGGAGCCAUUACUCGAGCCAGGGGGCCUGAUUACUCAGAAACGUCCAGGAUCAUUGCUUGAGGAAUCACCUGGGAAUUGUUAAGGGGCUGCACGUCUCCUGAAGUCUGCCUGUCCUCCUAUACCCAAGCUAUGCUUCUGGGUGGCCUGAAGCAGCUGAGGUUUCAGCUGCGAACAGUAGAGUCCACCUUGACCCGGGGCAGCUGGCUGCGGUCAGUGUGCCGCAGCAGCAGCGGGCUCCCCUUCCAGGAAGGAGAAGGGAAGGCAUCUUCCUUUUCAGAAACAAGAUGGAAAGACACAGCAGAGACAGUAAUCAUUGGAGGUGGCUGUAUUGGUGUGAGCCUAGCUUACCAUCUGGCCAAAGCUGGAAUGAAGGACGUGGUGCUUUUGGAAGCAUCGGAACUCACUGCUGGAUCUACAUGGCAUGCAGCAGGUUUAACGACUUAUUUUCAUCCUGGAAUAAACUUGAAGAAAAUACAUUAUUACAGCAUUAAGCUUUAUGAAAAACUGGAAGAAGAAACUGGGCAGGUGGUGGGCUUCCAUCAGCCUGGAAGCAUCAGAAUUGCAACGACUCCUACAAGGGUGGAUGAGUUUAAAUAUCAAAUGACUCGAACCCGCUGGCAUGCCACAGAACAGUAUCUUAUUGAGCCUGAAAAAGUACAAGAGAUGUUUCCCUUACUGAACAUGGAAAAGGUUUUAGCUGGACUUUAUAAUCCUGGAGAUGGUCACAUAGAUCCUUAUUCUCUCACUAUGGCACUGGCUGCUGGGGCCUGGAAAUAUGGUGCUCUACUAAAAUUUCCUGCUCCAGUAACUAAUCUAAAACCCAGAUCAGAUGGAGCAUGGGAUGUUGAAACCUCACAGGGAUCUAUCCGUGCUAAUCGAAUUGUGAAUGCCACAGGAUUUUGGGCUCGUGAAGUUGGCAAAAUGAUUGGACUAGAACAUCCUCUCAUUCCAGUUCAUCAUCAGUAUCUUGUCACAGCGACCAUACCUGAAGUGAAAGCUUUAAAAAGAGAACUCGCAGUUCUUCGAGACCUGGAAGGAUCGUACUACAUACGACAGGAACGAGACGGGCUUUUACUUGGCCCAUAUGAAAAUCAGGAGAAAAUGAAGGUCCAAGAUUCCUGGGUGACCAACGGAGUCCCACCAGGUUUUGGAAAGGAACUUUUUGAGUCUGAUUUAGACAGAAUCAUGGAAAAUGUGGAAGCUGCCAUGGAUAUGGUCCCAGUCUUGAGAAAGGCUGACAUCAUCAAUAUUGUUUCUGGUCCUAUCACCUAUUCUCCAGACAUUCUGCCCAUGGUGGGACCACAUCAGGGUGUUAGAAAUUACUGGGUGGCCAUCGGUUUUGGAUAUGGGAUCAUCCAUGCUGGUGGGAUAGGGAAAUAUCUCAGUGAUUGGAUCCUUGGUGGAGAACCUCCUUUUGACCUGAUUGAACUGGAUCCCAAUCGUUAUGGAAAAUGGACAACAACUCAGUAUACAGAGGCCAAAGCGAGAGAGUCUUAUGGAUUCAACAAUAUUGUGGGUUACCCUAAAGAAGAAAGGUUUGCUGGGAGACCUACUAAAAGAAUCAGUGGGCUUUACAAUAUCCUUAAUUCUAAAUGCUCCAUGGGCUUUCAUGCAGGAUGGGAGCAGCCACAUUGGUUUUACAAGCCUGGACAUGAGCCUGGAUAUAAGCCAAGCUUCCAACGUACAAACUGGUUCCAGCCAGUGGGCUUAGAGUAUCAACAAGUUAUGCAAAGAGUGGGGGUGAUUGACCUAUCCCCAUUUGGCAAGUUUAAAGUCAGAGGCAAAGAUUCUCUUAAACUGUUGGAUCACCUCUUUGCAAAUGUCGUUCCAAAGGUGGGUUUUACAAAUAUAAGUCACAUGUUGACACCAAAGGGCAGAGUUUAUGCUGAGUUGACCGUCUGCCAGCAAUCUCCAGGGGAGUUCUUACUGAUAACUGGUUCUGGGUCAGAGCUUCACGACCUGAGAUGGAUUGAAGAAGAAAUUUUGAAAGGUGGCUAUGAUGUUGAGAUUGAAAAUAUUACAGAUGACCUUGGAGUCCUUGGAGUAGCAGGGCCAUCAGCAAGAAAGGUUCUUCAGAAACUGGCCUCUGCUGAUCUUAGUAACGAUGCAUUCAAAUUCCUCCAAUCUAAGCCUUUAACAGUUUCUAAUAUUCCUGUUACUGCUAUUAGGAUAUCCUAUACAGGUGAACUGGGCUGGGAGCUCUACCACAGACAAGAAGACUCUGCCACACUCUAUGGGGCCAUCAUGGAAGCAGGCCAAGAGGAAGGAAUUGACAAUUUUGGGACUUAUGCAAUGAAUGCCUUAAGAAUGGAAAAAGCUUUCAGGGCCUGGGGGUCAGAGAUGAAUUGCGAUACAAAUCCUCUGGAGGCUGGGCUAGACCAUUUUAUAAAGUUAAAUAAACCAGCAGACUUCAUAGGAAAGCAAGCACUGAAACAGAUGAAAGAAAAGGGGCUGAAACGGAGACUGGUCUACCUCACCUUGGAGACGGAUCAUGUGGAUCCAGAGGGAAAUGAAAGCAUCUGGCAUGAUGGCAAGGUUGUUGGCAACACCACCUCUGGAAGCUACAGUUACAGCACUCAGAAGAGUCUGGCUUUUGCUUAUGUCCCCAUGGAGCUUAGUAAAGUGGGACAGAGAGUGGAGGUCGAACUGCUGGGCAAAAAUUACCCAGCAACCAUCAUACAAGAGCCGCUGGUUUUGACUGAGCCAGCUAGAGCUCGGCUUCAGAAAAAGACUGGAGAUAGCCAAGUCUGAAUGAAAAGGAGGGAGAAAACUACCCUUAGUAGUUUUAUGGCUGCUUUACAAAUUGUGUGACUAUGUGACUGCUCUCAGGACUAUGAAUCACUACAGUUCUCCUGGGAAUGUUUUCUUUUCCAAAUUCCACUAAUGAAUCAACCAAAUCCAGAUUUAGGUUCACUCUAAUAUCUGUUCCCCUUUUCUCCGCCUGCCCUCCUCCCAGCUGUUUUCUGUUUUUUUUAAAGGCAGGAUUUCAAAUAGGUGAUUUAUAUGGUCCUUUCAAACCAAAAACUUACUGGACAAUUUAUUUCUUAAGUAUUGUAUCAUGCAGUAUUGGAUCAGCAAAAAAGAAGCUGUUCUUUCCAACAUGUAAUCAUUAUAACUGUUAAAAGACAACAAGUAGUUUUAUAAACUUGUAUUUUUUAU